ACACUUAAAAACAACUGUCACUCGAUCAUGCAUACAACGGGAAUAAAGGAACACAUAAAAGGAGACAGAAACUUGGGAAAUCCUUCGGCUAAGGGAAGACAAACUGCACUGAGGUUUAUCUCCAUGGAGAAAUCCACGGACAAGCUAAGCAGUGAGAACGAAUGGACAGCUUCUGGAGUACCGCAGGCUGAGAAGGUUAGUCCUGCUCCCACUGCAGGGGCUGCAGGAAUGAGCGGAGCAGGACCCCACGCAGAAAUUGCUCCUGAUGUGGAGAGAUUGGCAUUCACUGAGGGACAUUCCAAAGAACUGGAGAGCUCUCCAGGCACGGAGCUGGACAGUCCUGAUGCCUUGAAAGCAGCGUUUUCAGAAGGAGACGGUCUGAAUGCAGCAUCUCUCGCUAUGGUAACAAACCCAAGCUCUCCUGAGGUACGCAGUUCUGAAAGGAAUGACCAGACUUCACCCACAUCAUCUCUUGCAGACAUGGACUGCCUGGUCUGCUUCAACAAGUACAACAUUUACCGGGUCCCAAAGCUCCUGGGCUGUCAGCAUGCUUUCUGUGCGGUCUGCCUCAAGCUUAUCCUCAGGAAAGAAGAGAACACCUGGGUAAUCAGCUGCCCCCUGUGCAGAAAAAACACAUUUGUGUCAGGAGGACUUAUCCGCACGCUCCCAAAUAAAGAGGAGAUCAUGGACCUCUUGGAACACCCCGACUCAUGUCCCGAGGUACACGUCUCUGGCAUAGGGCUGGAUAGCAGCAGCUGGGCUCAGAGCAGCCAGGACGUUUUAAACAGAGACCAAACGAUUCCAGCAGACAACAGACUGGCUGUGCAGAGACUUGUGCUGCUCUUGCUGCUUUUGGUGAUUCUUACCAUCCUCAUCCUCCCGUUCAUAUACUCUGGGAUGAUAAAAUGGGUCAUUUGUAUCAUGCUGACUUUGGGGUUGGUCAUGUCUAUGGUGCUUUGCUGCACUCCUAAAUUUUAUUGGAGCUGUAAUGGAAGCUCACUCAGGUCCUGCCACAAGGAGACCCACAUUGCUGCUAUUGCCUGAAACAAGGUGAGAUGCCUGGAGAUAAUGACUGGUUCCCCUUGCACACCUCAAUGUCAGAAGCCAGUUACUGGACUUUGAAAGCAAACACAUCAUAAAUUCAAAGCUUCUGACAUACCCCUAAGGCUGAAUGGCUAUGCACAGUGCUGUUUCAAUUUUAUUACUGAAAACAUAGAAAAACAUUUGUAUGCUGACAUUCGUAAGAGUAAAUUGUAAGCCUGCCCCACAGCUUUUAUCCCAGAUUAAUAAUUAUUUUGUUUUGCUUUGGUCAUUUUGUUCUUGUUGGUGUCAUCUCUGGAUUACUGCUGCAGAACAUUAUCUGAAACGUCUGACACUGAAAAUCUGUCCCCACUGCUGUGUUUUCCUGCUCUCUUAACAUACCCACACCUCUUCUUGUGAUAAUGUGGGGAAUUAGCCUGAUAAUCUGGGACUGGACAACUAGCCUCAAUGGAAGAGGGCAAUUUUAACCCAGUUUAUCACCUUAAUCUGUAUCAUGGACCAAAAGGUUGUUGUCAGGGGUGGGAAGGUGGGGCUGGGAGAAGGCAGCAUUGGUUGUUGCCAUCUUAAGUUGCAUGCAAAACUAGAGUAAGAGGCAAAAUCAACACUUUUAAUCUUGAGUCCACAACUUACAAAGGGCAAAGCUCUGAAAAGCUCAUGAUAUUCCAAGCUCCCUGUGCUAUUUAGCACAGAAAUGGUUCCUCUCAGCUGCACUCCUCUAUCCGGCUUUCUGUACCACCUCUCCUCUUGCUCUCUUUGCAUUAAGUGUGACACUGCCAUCGGAGGUGCCCACAAUUCUCCUUGUAGAGAUAAAAAUAAAUCUAUCAGAUGUCAUGCUAUGCCAAACCUGAUUUUUUUUAAUAUAUAUGGAAUGUGUCCAUUAAAGUUUAAUAAUGCUAAUUGCUCACUGACUUCUGUGUUUCAGUUCUGUGUGCCAAUUAACAUCAAAACAUUUGACAGCUCCCUCACUGACAGGAACUACAGCUGAGAAAGCAUUCUGUGAGUAAAGCAGAAAAGUAAUGCGUUGGGCUUUUUAUCUUUGAUUUAAAAAACAAACCUGUCAAGCCCUUUCCACCAACAGCAGUGGAUGACUGGUACUAUAAAUGUUUGUAACAAAUACUAACGUGAGCCUCAAUGCGAUGUGCAUGAAUACAAAAGAAUAAGCUAGAAGGGUUAAAGGAAAAGCUGGCACCAGUUGCGCAGAACACUGAUCUCAUUCAAAUGGCAAGAUAGCAAGCAUAGAACAUGCUGUCCUGAAGAUAAGAUGACAGAGAUGACAUGGACUACAGCCAUAACAUACCCCAAUUAAAAACUGAAGGGCAGUUUGGCCCAAGAGAAGACACUUGGGAAGAGACCAAGUGAGACUGGUGCCAAAUAACACCCACUCUAGAAGGGUGUACAGGUCACACCCAGUAUCAGUUUGGUAUCUCCAGUCAAGAGAUAAUGAUCCUGCACUGAUGCUCAUAGCAUACACACACACAAAAGCAUUAGAAAGGAAUGUUUUCCCUCAAAAUGGUCAUCCUACAGUUCUACACGAGCACAUUACAAACUUGUUCUCAGCAGUUCAACUGGAACAACGCUUGAGCCUUUACAGCCACUAACAGUCAUCUAAUUCAGAGUUCACGGAUGUUGGCGGAAGUCAUUACAUCCUAUGAGCUGAAUUCUUUUACAGCAGCUAUUAAUUCCCAUCUGACAAGAUAAGCCUCCACGACAAUGCAAACCUUUGAAGGGGCAUAUAGGUUUAUGGUGAAAAGCUGUAAAAAAAAUGUGUUUGUAUUCAAAAACAUAAAAGGAUUUGUUUGCAUGCAGUUCUCCUUCAUACCAAUCUGAGUGGCAAUCAAGUUUCAGUUCCAAAUUACCCUGCCUUGCUUACAGUAGCUAGGUGGGUCCUGAUUUCACAUAGUGAUUAAAUUACAUAUUGUAGCACAGAAGUAGUUCAUGGUGAGAAAUGGGCCAAGGUGGUGGCUGACAUACUGCACAAAUAUCCCAGAACUGUGUUUUAUAAGGACGGAACGCCAUUGAGACAUUAAGAGCGUGAUGAGACCCAACAGUAAUAUUCAAGUAUCGUGGACAGUGUAGACAGAACCCUGGACCAGGUGUUCCAAACUGCUGUUAGCUGCAGGAGAACUUUCAAUCCUCACAGUGCCGUCAAGUCUACAAGAAACAAAUCUGCAGAUUUGGGUCUGAGAGCACAGGUUUGUGUCCAGAUGGCUUUCUGCUGGUUGUGAACCACAUGCAGCUUGUCCACUGUGCAGUUGCCUGGGUCUGUUUUUGCACCCCAGCUGGGAUCAUGGAGCCUUCUGAACCUCUCGUCACACUUAAGUGCAUGAUGAUGCCCAAAAACCAGAGGGGUGAUAUGAGUUCUUGUGAGAGCAAACCUGAAGGUGUAGUGUUAGCAGCAAGCAAGCAGGACAAGGAUAUUCGGCCAAAUCAAACCUGGCUUUUCAACAGAACAGGCGUCUCCAUAUGUUGUUUUAGAAGACUCAAGCAGCAGAUUUUUAUGUAUACAUCAGUUACAAAGCAGCCCAAACUAGGUUCACUUUCACAAAACGUUAUCAUCCAGCAAAGCUGCUUCCUUCCUCCUGAAAAAGCAGAUUCUACCAAGGAUCCCCAAGCACUGUGCUUGCCCCAGUCCACCACUGGAGCAAGAAUAUUGACCAAAACCCAUAAAACCAACGCAACAGCCUUAUGCUCAGGGAGCUGAAUUAACGCCACAGUCUUGGCACAACCCUAGGAUUUCUACAAGGCUAAUUAACCAGCGCUGAGCAGAGCCUGCCAAGCUGAUUGCACCCAUAAGUCUGGGUUAUGGAUGCCAGUGUUUGCUGAUGGAUCAUUCUGCAGUUUGUUUAGGUAACAGCAAGAGCUGUGUCUCCGGGCCGAGGAGAUAAGGAAGUUCUGCUGAGUGUUUGUGCCAGGGAAAUAGGAGGUCCUGCUUGGAACUGGUUGCUGCAUAUGUAACGUACAGCUGCGAAACUCCUGCAUACGUAACACGAGUAAUGUGUAUGAGCUGAAGAUCCAUUGUGGAAGCUGUGCGUUAUAGGAGGAUGACCCCCAUGCAUCCAGCGCUGCUAUUAAAGAAUGCCUGCUUUCUAACACUCCAACUUGAGUCUUAGAGACUUUCCUCAUCGACUGAUUUAAAGUAUCAAGCAGCAGCUGGCCUUGCUGCUUCCUCCCCAGCCCCAGAAGGCCGGCCGACAGCGCAGAUAUUUAUGAAGAAAUCAAUAUCUGUGUACUGCUCAGAACUCCCCUUGACUGAAGAGGUGGCAGAGAAGGGCUAAGUGAAGCUGUCCUCCUAAACACUCAGUAUCAGAAAUCACUGUUUAUUUCCAAUGCUGCUUCCCAUAAUAAGUUAAUACAUCUCUGUUCAGAGGUGAAAAUGGCUACAGAAGAGAGGUGGAAAAGUUCGGCUUCAAAACAGCAUAGUGGGGCUGAACAAGCAGGAGAAAAGGAAUCGUGUGUGCUGCUGAGCCAGCAGCUGGGUGAACCAGAAAGAUUCACUUAUGCAGCGCUCUGCGGGGUAUCCCUGGCAUGGCUGUUCCCUGAAAAAGAGCAAAGCUCCUUCAGAACAGAGUUCAUCGAGGGCUUGGUGAAAUGGCUGGACCUGCCUGAUGCUGUCUUGCCUGCCAUGACAGCAUUUGCUAGUGGCUUAGGAGGUGAGGGCACAGAAACUUUUGCCCAGCUUUUGCUGAAGGAUCCCACCGUGAAAGACAGUCCUGCUGUCAUUACCCAGGAUCUUUUGUCCUUCUCUCUUAGAGAUGGGUACUACGAUGCACGAGUAAGGGUGUUGAUCUGCCACAUCUGCUGGCUGCUGAGAAUCCCCUUGGAGGAGCUGGAAGCACUGGAGGAAUCUCUGCUUGAAAGCCUGAAGGAACAAACAGAGGAAGAGUCAGAAACCGCAGAAGUCUCAAGAAAAAAGAAGGAAAGAAGAAGGAAGCUGAAGAGAUACCUGCUGAUUGGCUUGGCAACUGUUGGGGGUGGAACAGUGAUCGGCUUGACAGGAGGUCUUGCUGCCCCUCUGGUUGCUGCUGGGGCUGCCACUAUCAUUGGAAGUGCAGGAGCAGCUGCUCUUGGUUCGACUGCAGGAAUUGCUGUCAUGGCAUCCCUCUUUGGAGCUGCUGGAGCUGGCCUUACUGGAUACAAGAUGAAGAAGCGUGUGGGAGCCAUAGAAGAGUUUGAAUUCCUCCCACUUACAGAAGGAAGACAGCUUCACAUCACCAUAGCAAUUACUGGAUGGUUGUGCGCUGGCAAAUAUGGGAGCUUCACAGCACCAUGGAGCAGCAUGCUGCAUUCAAGUGAGCAGUACUGUCUGGCCUGGGAAUCCAAGUACCUGAUGGAGCUUGGCAGUGCCUUGGAUACGCUGGUGAAUGGUUUUGUUAACAUGAUGGCUCAGGAAGCCCUAAAAUUCACUGUUUUGUCAGGUAUUGUUACGGCCUUGACUUGGCCAACUUCGCUCUUGACUGUUGCCAAUGUCAUUGACAACCCCUGGGGAGUGUGUCUCCAUCGGUCUGCUGAAGUAGGCAAGCACCUAGCACAUAUACUGCUCAGUCGACAGCAGGGCAAGCGGCCUGUCACACUGAUUGGCUUCAGUCUGGGUGCCAGGGUUAUCUACUUCUGCCUGCAAGAGAUGGCUCAAGAAAAAGACUCCCAGGGGAUCAUUGAAGAUGUGGUCCUACUGGGAGCUCCAGUGGAGGGUGAAGCCAAGUACUGGAAGGCAAUCACAAAAGUGGUGUCGGGCAGGAUCAUAAAUGGUUAUUGCAGGGGGGACUGGCUGCUGGGAUUUGUAUACAGAACCUCUUCUGUCCAGCUCAACGUUGCUGGCCUCCAGCCAAUCAAGCUGGACGACAGGAGGAUGGUAAACAUGGACCUUUCAUCUGUAGUCAGCGGCCACCUGGACUACAUGAAGCAAAUGGACACGAUUCUAAAAGCUGUGGGCAUUAAAACCAAGGAGUGUCGGCAGGAGGAGAAGGGCAGCACCAAUCUUUUCUCCCCUCUAGCCAAGAAGUCACAGCGGGCAGCAGGCAGCGAGACUUGGGAAGAGGAUAACAGUGUGCAAGAGGAGGAUGGGGCUGACAGUGACUGUCAAGCACCCACAACCAGCACCAGUGUGAGCUCUGCACUAACACAGCCUGUGAGUGCUGGCACAAGCAGUGAUGGUAACCUGCACUCAGGAGAUGAUUCCUUGGCCAGCUGUGCUCACCGACAGGAUUCCCCUGGAUUUCUCUUGGCAGAGAGCUCACCUCCCUGCCCAGCCUGCCCCAGCAGUGCCAGCAGUGCAAAGCAGGCAGCGGGUGAUAGCACAGACUGAACUGAAUCUCCAAACCUUCUCUCCUUGCAGCCCAGCUGCCAUGUGCAUUGUGCCCAGCAUCAGCUGCAUGGAGCCAUCCUCAGCCUCCUGCCCUACACAGUCUGCAGAGCUUCCCGUGCAAGGUGUGAAUUGCUGCCCUGCAGCUCCCAGGGCUGCCACGUGGCUGGGUGGGAGGCAUCAGAACCAUCAGCAAGCCCACACUUUGCCUGGCCUGUGUGGAGGCCAAUUGCAGCUCUUUGUGACAGGCAGGGAUGCUCAGCCAGCACUAAAACCGCUCUCAAAGCACAAUCAGUAGAGCCCACAGAGCUGAGCUGCAGCUUUCAGACCCUGCUGAGGGCCCAGCACGUGGCAUCACAGUGUCACUGGAUCACAGCUCUCAGAACAGUCUUCCACAGCAUCUCCUACUGACAAGAAAAGGCUGAUUCUGGCCCAAAUCAGCAUAGUUCCUCAGGAAGCAGUGGCAAUCUGCUCAUUGCACAAGCUCUUUUAUUCUUGAGGGAAGCAGCUGCCACCAUUAGGAUCGUCUUUCUGGUAUUUAGCUCUUGGGAAAGCAGGUGGCUCUGUGGGUAUCUUUAAGCAUGUUGUGGAGAGGGACUCAUUACUAGCUCAUUAAAAACAUUUUUCCACUUCAGGUCUGCUAAGCAGGGAGGCAAAAGGUUGAGUGCCUCUGGCUGCCCUCCCUGCUCUGCUGCAGGUUUGCUACCAUGGCUCUGACACUUUCCAACCAACAAGGUUGUUUCCCUCCCUGCAAACUGAGGGUGAUGGGUGUCUGAGACCUCGUUACUACUGGGAACAUGCUUCGAGUCCCACAGGUGAAAGACAGCAGAAAAUGGACUGGGCUUUUUAUGACUUAUUCCUUUGUGAAGCUUCUUCCCUUGCAAGCCAGCAACCCAAAGAGACUUUCCUCGUGUCCCAUACACAUAUCCAGCCUUAAAAGCCCUCUCUAGUUAUAUUUGUAAUGGGUUUAAAAUAAAACUAAUACUUGGCAUAGAAUAAACAUAAA